AUGGGCACUGGAAUUGUUUCGAUUCUUCUUCAUAAUCUUCCAUAUAAUGGCGCGUGGCUAUACUGGAUCUCUGUCAUCUUCUUCGUCCUCAACCUUACACUAUUUAUCCUCUUCACGUUUAUAUCCGCUCUUCGGUAUUUGAUAUACCCUGGGCUCUUCAUGACCAUGAUUAGACACUCGGCAGUACCUCUUCUCUUGGGAGCAUUUCCAAUUGCUCUCUCUACAAUCGUUGAAAUGAUUGUCCUUGUCUGCGUACCGGCAUGGGGUCCCUGGACGGUUACAUUGGCAUGGACGUUGUGGUGGAUUGAUGCUGCUAUAUCGAUCAUAAUUUGUUACUGGAUACCAUUUGUCAUUAUGCAUACUCACGACAUCAAGUUGGCGACGCUUUCUGCAACUUGGCUUCUGCCUAUCGCCGCUCCCAUUGUUGCGUCCGCCAUAGGUGCAGUUGUAGCCGAAGUUUUGGAAAACGAACAACAUGCUCUGUGGACUCUCAUCACAUCAUACUUUCUUUGGGGUACCGCAAUGCCUUUGUCUCUCACCUGCCUGGUGAUCUUCUACCAACGCCUUUCAAUGCACAAUCUGCCGCCCCCAGAGGCCAUUGUGUCCAUGUUCUUGCCCGUGGCGCCUCUUGGUCAAGGCGGAUAUGCAAUCAUGCAGUUGGGAAAAGUCGCAGCAGAAGUUUUCCCUAAAACUGACACUCUUAGCAUGAUGGGCACCCACUCCGGAGAAAUACUAUACGUGAUAGGCUGGAUUGUUGGCUUCAUCAUGUGGGCAAACGGCCUGGCAUGGAUCUUCUUUGCGUUGGCUAGCAUUAGUCGACGUAAAUUUCCCUUCAACAUUGGUUGGUGGGGGUUUACUUUUCCUCUCGGUGUGUGGGCUGGCGCAACUAUUGCGAUUGGACAAGAACUGCCGUCUAGAUUCUUCAAUGUUUUGGGAACUAUUGCGUCGGUCAUAGUAACGCUGCUGUGGAUCAUGGUGGCCAUAGGUACGAUCCGGAAAAUUGUCGAUGGCAAAAUCUUCAUGGCACCAGAUUUUGAACAGUGGAAGAAGAAAAAGGACCAAGCCACGGAAGCGGCGUAA